AUGGACUUCCUGACCCAGCAAAGACAUGGGGAUAGCGUGGCGCCCGACGACGUCGAAGCUCAGGGGGCCAGCCACUCCAAUGGCGCCAGCUACCCGACCGAGCAGGCCGGCGGCGAGGCGGGGGCGGGGCAAAGCACAGGGCUAAGUCCAGAAGCCGCCGCCGCCGCAGGAGGGAACAACAGCAGGCAAUCGGGGGCGGGGCAGAGCGGCGAGCACAUCAGGUUCGGGGAGUACCGGCUGAAGGAGCCGCCCAAGAGCUCGGACCUGAACGAGUACGACGCGCUGGACCGGUUCAUCACGAACUUCGACCAGGAGCGGCGCGCGAGUCUCGCGAGCGCCAUGGGCAGCGGCAAGCGCAAGCUGCCCAAGUGGUGGCAGUUCUGGAAGUCGAGCGAGGGCGAGGGCGUCGAGGGCCAGCAGCCCACCGACAUCGGGAAACCCCCGGACUCCUGGCUCGACACGGACAUCCACACGGGCAUCACCACCGCGCAGGUCGAGGAGCGCCGGCGGCGGUUCGGCUACAACGAGCUGACGGCCGAGAAGGAGAACAUGUUCGCCAAGAUCCUGGGCUACUUUCAAGGGCCGAUUCUUUAUGUUAUGGAGAUCGCGGCUUUACUAGCCGUAGGUCUCGGCGACUGGAUCGACUUUGGUGUCAUCAUUGGCAUUCUUUGUCUCAACGCCUUUGUGGGGUUUUACCAGGAGAAGCAGGCGGCGGACGUUGUAGCAAGUUUGAAGGGUGAUAUUGCUAUGAAGGCACAUGUCAUACGCAACGGUAACGAAGAGCAAAUCUUAGCUAGGGAGUUGGUACCAGGCGAUAUUGUCAUCAUCCAAGAAGGACAAACAGUCCCAGGCGACGCCCAGCUGAUUUGCGACUACGCCCGGCCUCAAGACUUCGAGCAGUUCAAGGAGCUAAGAAACGAAGACAAAUUUGGCGGCGAGGAGGAGGUGACCAACGGAAAGAAGGACAAGUCAAAGGGCGACGAGAAGGACGAUGAGGGAGACUACGAAGAGUCAAUCCACUUCGGUGACCCCCUAGUAGCCUGCGAUCAGUCCGCCAUCACCGGUGAGUCGCUCGCCGUGGACAAAUACAUGGGCGACGUGCUGUACUACACCACGGGUUGCAAGCGCGGAAAAUCCUACGCCGUCGUGACCACCACCGCCAAGUACUCCUUCGUCGGGCGCACCGCGUCCCUGGUUCAAGGUGCCAAAGACCAGGGCCACUUCAAGGCCGUCAUGGACAGCAUCGGAACCUCGCUUUUGGUUCUGGUCAUGUUCUGGAUUCUCGUCGCGUGGAUCGGCGGCUUCUUCCACCACCUCAAGAUCGCGGAGCCGAAUGUCCAGAAUCUGUUGCAUUACACUCUAGUAUUGCUCAUCAUCGGCGUCCCUGUCGGUCUUCCGGUGGUGACAACCACGACCCUCGCAGUUGGUGCCGCCUACCUGGCAAAGCAAAAGGCCAUCGUCCAGAAACUCACGGCUAUUGAAUCCUUAGCAGGCGUCAAUGUUCUCUGCUCCGACAAAACCGGCACCCUCACCGCGAACAAACUCAGCAUCCGCGAGCCCUACGUAGCCGAAGGGCAAGACGUGAACUUCAUGAUGGCUGUCGCCGCCCUCGCCUCAUCACACAACAUCGCCACGCUUGACCCGAUCGACAAGGUGACCAUCUCCACACUAAAACGCUACCCGAAAGCCCGCGAGAUCCUGCGGCAGGGGUGGGUGACGGACAAGUUCACGCCCUUCGACCCGGUCUCCAAGCGCAUCACCACCGAGUGCCACCUCGGCACGGACCGGUACGUGUGCGCCAAAGGAGCGCCUCGCGCCAUCGUCAACCUGGCCAACGUCAGCGAGGAGACGCGAGUCCUGUACAACCAGAAAGCGCGAGAGUUCGCGGCGCGCGGCUUCCGCUCCCUAGGCGUAGCCUACAAGAAGAACGACGAGACGUGGACUCUGCUAGGCCUGCUGUCCAUGUUCGACCCGCCGCGCGAGGACACGGCGCAGACGAUCAUCGAGGCGGCGCACCUGGGGGUGCCCGUCAAGAUGCUGACGGGCGACGCCAUCGCCAUCGCCAAGGAGACGUGCAAGAUGCUGGGCUUGGGCACGAAGGUGUACAACUCCGAGAAGCUGAUCCACAGCGGCUUGACGGGCACGGUCCAGCACGACCUGGUGCAGCGCGCGGACGGGUUCGCAGAGGUGUUUCCGGAGCACAAGUACCAGGUCGUGGAGAUGUUGCAGCAGCGUGGCUCGUUGACGGCUAUGACGGGUGAUGGUGUAAACGAUGCACCCUCUCUUAAGAAAGCCGACUGCGGAAUUGCCGUUGAAGGAUCAUCCGAGGCCGCCCAAGCAGCAGCCGAUAUCGUGUUCCUGGCUCCCGGUCUUAGCACUAUUAUCUUGUCUAUCAAGACCUCUCGCCAGAUCUUCCAACGCAUGAAAGCCUACGUGCAAUACCGCAUCGCCCUCUGCCUGCACCUGGAGAUCUACCUCACGACCUCCAUGGUGAUCAUCAACGAGACGAUCCGCCCGGACCUCAUCGUCUUCAUCGCGCUCUUCGCCGACCUCGCCACCGUCGCCGUCGCCUACGACAACGCGCACGUCGAGCCGCGCCCCGUCGAGUGGCAGCUGAAGAAGAUCUGGGUCAUCAGCGUGAUCCUCGGCUCGCUGCUCGCGGCGGGGACGUGGAUCAUGCGGGGCACAAUGUUCCUGACGAACGGGGGCGUGGUGCAGAACUUCGGGUCGAUCCAGGAGAUCCUCUUCCUCGAGGUCGCCCUGACCGAGAACUGGCUCAUCUUCGUCACGCGCGGCGGGCAGACGUGGCCGUCGUGGCAGCUGGUGUUCGCGAUCCUCGGCGUCGACGCGCUCGCCACCAUCUUCGCCCUGUUCGGCUGGCUGUCCGGCAGCGGCGGAGGCCUGAUGGAGACCACGCCGACGACGCACUUCCGCAACUCGCACAACGGGUGGACCGACAUCGUCACCGUCGUGGUCGUGUGGGCGUACUCGCUCGGCGUCCUCAUCUUCAUCGCCAUCGUCUAUCUUGCGCUCAACAGCUUCUCCUGGAUCAACAACCUCGGCCGCAAGGACCGCAACAAGAAGGACACCCAGAUCGAGAACAUCAUCGGCCACAUUAACAAACUUGCCGUUGAACAUGAGGUCGAUCCCAAGACAGGUCGCGACAAGUACUUCAUCGUGGAGAAGACAGCUGACGACGAUGACGACGUUUAA